UAAUGCUUCUAACAUGCGGGUUAGAAACCGACGGUAAAAACGAAGAAGAGGCACCACAGUCUAGUGUGCGCGCCGCCUUAGCUGCGGAAUUUAGGAGGCUGUUCUUGGACUCCAACAAACUCUCAGCAAGAAAAUAAUGAACAACAAAUUUGACGCUUUGAAAGACGAUGACAGUGGAGACCACGACCAGGACCAAGGAUCACCGAAAGACAGUGAGAAGGAAAAAAUCGAAGACGAGGACAAGGACCAGAAUUCUGCAAGGAAAAAGAUGGUGGUACCAGGGGCAGGGGAGCACCCACUUCAGUACAACUACACCUUCUGGUAUUCCAGACGAACCCCUGGGAGACCAGCCAGCACUCAGAGCUACGAACAGAACAUCAAACAGAUCGGCAGCUUUGCCUCGGUGGAGCAGUUCUGGCGUUUCUAUAGUCACAUGAUCAGGCCAGGGGAUCUGACUGGCCACAGUGACUUCCAUCUCUUCAAAGAGGGUAUUAAACCCAUGUGGGAGGAUGAUGCCAAUAAGAUGGGUGGGAAGUGGAUCAUCCGUCUGAGGAAAGGCCUCGCAUCUCGGUGCUGGGAAAACCUGAUCCUGGCCAUGUUGGGGGAGCAGUUCAUGGUGGGAGAGGAAAUCUGUGGGGCUGUGGUGUCAGUACGCUUCCAGGAGGACAUCAUUUCCAUCUGGAACAAAACUGCGAGUGACCAGGCAACCACUGCCCGCAUCAGAGACACGCUACGCAGAGUCCUCAACCUGCCCCCCAACACCAUCAUGGAGUACAAGACGCAUACAGACAGCAUUAAUAUAAAACGUCUGACUCCACCACUGAAAAAGAAUAAAGAAAUGAACUGUUUAUUACGAAUGAUGACGUACUGCAUCCUCCUUCCUAGAGCCUGGGAAGACUUCCAUGGUCUGGUGAAUGCUAGUGCUGGACGUUAGGCCCUCACACAGAGAACAUCUACAAGGGUGUGAAGAUAUGUGAUGCUUUGGGGGUAGACAAGUCCGAGGACGGACACCUCUGUGUGGAUUGGCACUGUGUGAUGUGAAGACAGGAAGUCAGGAACGGGGGCAAGAAAACCGUCACUUCUGUGUGUCGAAUUGCAAAAACGUACAGGAAAGCCUCGCAACGGGACGCUGAAUCAAGCCGAAGAGAAAAAUGUGUUAUUUUUAACGAAGCAGAGGGAAGAACACAACCUUCAAUUUUUUUUUUAUUUGUAACUCGAGUUGUAACAUCUGUUAACCUGCCACCAGAGGGGGCACAUGAAUGGUGCUUGAUCCUAGCUGUUAACAAAGUGUACUUGACUAAAUACAACAAAACCAACAGAAACAAAUCCAUUAUAAUGCUAGAUCUGCUUUUAUUGCUUACAUCACAUCCAACUUCCUGCUAUUAAAGUAAGUCUGUGUUAAUCUGUUUUAUUGGGACUCAAACAGGGUUGCAGGUAGAUGUUGUUUUAUUACAGUUCUGUAUUUUAAUGACAACUCCUCGGCCAUUUCGAACUUGAAAUGAUUACCGAUUACAGUUAUUGUGUGCGAUAUAUUUGUAAAUACAGUCCACGUCAAAGAUCACACAAUUGAAUCGGCGACGAUUCUGCGUCUUUGACCUGGAAGUUGAAUCCCAAAGGAUGAGGACCAUCCUGUGUUGGGCAGAAGGUUGUAUGACCGGCAUCUUCAAAAUGGACUGCCAAGCUGCCUCAAUCACUGUGCCUGUCCUCGAGCCAGACCUGAUAAAGGUCUCCCGCCUGCUGUUUUCGUCUUUACCCACCUUUAAGUAAUCCAAGGGUUGGGCUCUGCUUAAAUGUCCUCAGCAAAGGAGUAUUGUGGUCCUGAAACACUGACCAUCGCUUCUGUUUGUUUUUUUUUUUCCUUUUUUUUUUUUAGCAAAAGAGAUGAGUUUGGGCCCCGGGGUCUGGGUCUGUUACAUUUGAUUCCUCAAGAGUAUUUUCGACAUUGAACCAUGUUCAGAAAGCACCUCGAGGUUGUUGACAUGCUGUAAUGCUGCCCAUGUUUGGUAGUGCGAUGAUGUGUGCAGGAGUGAGUGUGUGUAUGUUUCAAAAGACAAGAAACUGAUGGAUGUACACCUCAUGGUUUAUAGCAAUAAAUGUCAAAUAUGCAUCUGUUUGCAUCUA